CACUUAUUACAGUGACACAUGCUGCAGCUGGCUAGCCAUGAUUAAGUAUUACAUUACCCAGUGCGGCUGAAAGGGAUGGAGACUACCAUUCAUUAUGAUCCAGCGUGGCUUAGUAGCAUAGGGAGGCUGCUACCCCUUCCCUGCACCGCAGCAUUGGAAGGAAGGCAGCUAAACUCAACAAAGCCCUGGGAAUGGUGUGCAGAGAGGAGAGAAAGAGAACCUCGGUCGCCCAGCCUGACGGAACGGGUGUCCUGCUAGCAGGGGCGAAGAGCCCGCCCGCGCUCGGCGCGACCGGGAGCGCUCCGCCGCCAAGUGACAGCGCCGGGCCGGGCCCCGGCCGGCCCCGCCGUGCGAGGGGCGCUGGGGCACCGCGCUCAACUUCCAACCACUGCAGCAAAAGCCUUUGUCCGAGCGCUCCCCGUCCGUGGCCGGGGGAGCCUGGAGGACCCCCGCCUACGGCGGGACAAGCCAGGGCGUCCGAGAAGGGAGAACAGCCCGUGCCAGCCCCUGGUUCCCUCCCAGCUGGGCUCCGUCGCUCCCCUGGGAGCCCUCAGAGCCGGACCCGCUCCGACGCAGCCGGGAUGAGCACUGACCCUGCUCGGAGUCCCGACCGGCGUGUCCGUGCCGGAGAGAAGGAAAGCAAACUGAAGUGCGUAAGAUGGGUUUGUUUAGCAAACAGAAACAGUGGAGCCUGGCAGAGUCCCAGCCAGCUGAGCGAGCCCUGUGGCGACAGACGGCUGAGUGUGGGCACGGGGACAGGAGCUAUCUGCAACACGGGCUGCAACACGGGGUGUGCUCCGACGUUUUGAUAAAGACGACAAAAAAAAGACGACCCCUGUUUUGAAUUCAUUUAACAACAUUACCCAUUCAGGGUGCGGAUCUGAUUGUCCAUUAGGAGACCAAGUUUGAAAACCAAUCCUUUUACAUCAAAACUUCUGUCUGUUCCAACUUCCUCUGUGUUUAGUAUAACAUGUCAGUCUAACUUCGGGACAAAUGCUACAUUGAUUUAAAGUUUGCUGAGAUUCCAAAGCCCACAUCUUUUUUACUGUGUUAGCUCUGUACCUCUGCUGUCUUCCAAAUUAUGGGAAAAAAAUAACAUUUCAGUAAUCCAUGAAUAAGAUUUCAGAUUUCUUGCCCACAUAUGCGCUUCACUGCUUAUGCUAAUUCAAUGAAUAAUGUCUCAGAUAAAUAAAAUCACGUUUCAAGAGA